GUUGGAGAGCGCAUCACUCACAUCCACCGGCGCUUCUUCCUCGGGCGGAGUGGUGCGGGGACUAGCGGGAAGUACUGCGGCAGCGGGCUGUACCGCGGAGGCAGACCAAAUCCCCCCCAAACGGACCAGUGCGGCUCCUUAGUUUUGCCGCAAGUGUCCAGAGCAGUGUGUUGACCGGCAUCCUCGUGAGAUGCGCUGCCCUUUCAAAUUCUAUUCUAUAGUUUAUUUUAUUCGCUUUUAAUUUUUUUAAUGGUUAUAAGUCUCGAUAACUUUGUAUUCCAAGGAGUAACUUGUUUUACGACUUAUCACAACUUUGACAACUAACCCGCAGUUACUUUGUCAGGUUAACACCGAAAAUCUAAAGCAAUUUAGAGUUUUUUUCCUCGCGUUUCCCUACACCCGUUUGAAACACACUUCCCUCCUCGUGCAACCUGAAAGGCUGACAUCUUCUCAUCGUUUCGAGGAGGACGGACUGGCUGCGCAACCAUGGGGGACAAAGACAAGGACUCCCCCAAGAAGAAGGGAGGGAAGGAUCUGGAUGACCUGAAGAAGGAAGUGCCUCUGACAGAACACAAGAUGUCAGUGGAAGAAGUAUGCCGCAAAUUCCAGACAGACAUAGUUCAGGGACUAACCAAUGCCAAGGCGGCAGAGUUCCUGGCCCGCGACGGCCCCAACGCCCUCACCCCGCCCCCCACCACACCCGAGUGGGUAAAGUUCUGUCGCCAGCUCUUCGGGGGCUUCUCCAUCCUGCUGUGGAUCGGCGCCAUCCUCUGUUUCUUGGCUUAUGCCAUCCAGGCUGCCACCGAGGACGAGCCGGCUGGAGACAAUCUGUACCUGGGAAUCGUGCUGUCGGCUGUCGUCAUCAUCACCGGCUGCUUCUCCUACUUCCAGGAGGCCAAGAGUUCCAAAAUCAUGGAGUCCUUCAAGAACUUGGUUCCACAGCAAGCACUGGUGAUCCGUGAAGGAGAAAAGAUGCAGAUAAACGCUGAGGAGGUGGUAGGAGGUGACCUGGUGGAGGUGAAGGGAGGUGACAGAAUUCCAGCUGAUCUUCGCAUCAUCUCCGCCCAUGGCUGCAAGGUGGAUAACUCCUCUCUGACUGGAGAAUCAGAGCCUCAGACGCGAUCGCCCGACUGCACCCACGACAACCCGCUGGAAACCCGCAACAUUGUGUUCUUCUCCACUAACUGUGUGGAGGGCACUGCCCGUGGCAUUGUUAUAUGUACCGGUGAUCGCACUGUUAUGGGCCGCAUCGCCACUUUGACCUCAGGGCUGGAGACGGGCAAGACGCCCAUCGCCAAGGAGAUCGAGCACUUCAUCCACAUCAUCACCGGUGUGGCUGUUUUCCUGGGUAUCUCAUUCUUCAUCCUGUCCAUCAUCCUGGGAUACUCCUGGCUGGAGGCUGUCAUCUUCCUCAUUGGCAUCAUUGUAGCCAACGUGCCUGAGGGGCUCCUGGCUACUGUUACCGUGUGUUUGACACUGACGGCUAAGCGCAUGGCACGCAAGAACUGCCUGGUGAAGAACCUGGAAGCCGUGGAGACGCUGGGCUCCACCUCCACCAUCUGCUCAGACAAGACGGGCACGCUGACCCAGAACCGCAUGACUGUCGCCCACAUGUGGUUCGACAACCAGAUCCACGAGGCGGACACGACCGAGGACCAGUCUGGUGCAUCGUUUGACAAGACAUCAGUGACGUGGGUGUCUCUGGCCCGGGUAGCAUCCCUGUGUAACAGGGCGGUGUUUAAGGCGGGGCAGGACUCUCUACCGAUCCUGAAGAGGGACGUGGCAGGCGACGCCUCCGAGUCUGCCCUGUUGAAGUGCAUCGAGCUCUCCUGCGGCUCCGUCAAGCAGAUGAGAGAAAAGAACAAGAAAGUGGCUGAAAUCCCGUUCAACUCCACCAACAAAUACCAGCUGUCUGUCCACGAAACGGAGGACCCCAACGACAACCGCUACCUGCUGGUGAUGAAGGGGGCGCCAGAGCGCAUCCUGGACCGCUGCUCCACCAUCAUGCUGCAGGGCAAGGAGCAGCCCAUGGACGAGGAGAUGAAGGAGGCCUUCCAGAACGCCUACCUGGAGCUGGGAGGACUGGGAGAGCGAGUGUUGGGAUUCUGUCAUGUCCUGUUGCCUGAGGACCAGUACCCCAAAGGCUUCGCUUUUGACACGGAUGACGUCAACUUCCAGACAGACAACCUGUGCUUUGUGGGCCUGAUGUCCAUGAUCGACCCGCCCCGCGCCGCCGUGCCUGACGCCGUGGGAAAGUGCCGCUCGGCCGGCAUCAAGGUGAUCAUGGUAACCGGGGACCACCCAAUCACAGCCAAGGCCAUCGCCAAGGGUGUGGGCAUCAUCUCCGAGGGCAACGAGACCGUUGAAGACAUUGCUGCCCGCCUCAAUAUUCCAGUGAGCCAGGUCAACCCCAGGGAUGCCAAAGCGUGUGUGAUUCAUGGCACAGAGCUGAAGGACAUGUCUCAGGAGCAGAUCGAUGAGAUUUUGCGAAACCACACGGAAAUCGUCUUCGCCAGGACAUCUCCCCAGCAAAAGCUCAUUAUCGUAGAGGGUUGUCAGCGACAGGGGGCCAUUGUGGCCGUAACCGGUGAUGGUGUGAAUGACUCCCCCGCCCUGAAGAAGGCAGACAUCGGUGUUGCCAUGGGGAUUGCCGGAUCCGACGUGUCCAAACAGGCUGCUGAUAUGAUCCUGCUGGAUGACAACUUUGCCUCCAUCGUCACUGGCGUAGAAGAAGGCCGCCUGAUCUUCGACAACCUCAAGAAAUCCAUCGCCUACACGCUGACCAGUAACAUCCCAGAGAUCACGCCCUUCCUCCUCUUCAUCAUCGUCAACAUCCCGCUGCCCCUGGGCACCAUCACCAUCCUCUGCAUCGACCUUGGCACAGACAUGGUUCCCGCCAUCUCCCUGGCCUACGAAACAGCCGAGAGUGACAUCAUGAAGAGGCAGCCGCGAAACCCACUGAGGGACAAACUGGUGAACGAGCGUCUUAUCAGCAUUGCCUACGGACAGAUCGGUAUGAUCCAAGCUCUGGGUGGAUUUUUCAGCUACUUUGUCAUUUUGGCGGAGAAUGGGUUCCUCCCCUCCGUGCUGGUGGGCAUUAGGCUAAGUUGGGACGACCGCACCUGUAAUGACCUAGAGGACAGCUACGGACAGGAGUGGACCUAUGAGCAGAGGAAGAUUGUGGAGUUCACGUGCCACACAGCCUUCUUUGUCAGCAUUGUGGUGGUCCAGUGGGCCGAUCUCAUCAUCUGCAAGACCAGACGCAACUCCGUGUUCCAGCAAGGCAUGAAAAAUAAGAUUUUGAUCUUCGGACUGUUUGAAGAGACAGCCCUAGCUGCGUUCCUGUCCUACUGUCCAGGGAUGGAUGUAGCGCUCAGGAUGUAUCCACUAAAGCCUUCCUGGUGGUUUUGCGCAUUCCCAUAUAGUUUCCUAAUCUUUGUGUAUGAUGAAAUCCGAAAACUUCUCCUUCGCCGAAACCCUGGAGGUUGGGUGGAAAAGGAGACGUACUAUUGAUCGACGAACUUCUGUACUUUUUCCCCUACAUCUCCCACUUUUCUUCUCCUCCGUAACCCUCUACGCUGAUCAAGACGCACAAUCGUGUGCCCCCCCCCCCCAGACGUCCUGACAGACAGCCGCUUAGAGCCCACGCUGCGUCUCUCCGCCUCCGCGCCCCGCCCUGCUGCCCUAUAGUACUCCUUGCAUGUCUUUUCGUUUGGGUGUGUACAUAAAGUCUACACCAUAAUUACAAAUGGCAGCUGCUUAGUCAUUCUGUAGAUAUGAGAGGAGCUUUCAAUGCGUAAAAAGGAGAAUAUACGUGUGUGUGUGUGUGUGUGAGUGUGUGUGUGUGUGCUCACAAAGGGCCAGUCCUCUGCCCCUUCCUCACCUCUGCCUUUCUUCUCCUCUUCCUCUUCCUCCUUCAUCAUUCCUUUCAUACUCCUCUUCACUCCACCUGCUCCACCCUCCUCCCUCCCUCCUUUCCCCCAGUUGCACGCGGGUACAUGGAUCACAUGACUUGUGGCAGUAGGCUUUCCUUAACGCACCACCCCCCCACCGCUGCCCGUCUGGAAAACCCCCCCCUUUUUUUUCCGAGCCUCCCUUUUUCCUGUCCACGUCGAUCGCCUUCCCACCGCUGGCUCUCGGCGUCUGGUGCGGGGCGGUUCCCAGGCUGGCACAGGCCCUUGUUUUUUUUUUUUUUAUUAAAACGAUCUGUCGGAGAUGGAAGGAAGCAUGUCAGCUCUUUCUACGCGAAAACGUAAACACGCCUUCCUCUCUCGCUCUCUCUCUCAAGCUUUCUUCUUUUCUCCCUCUCACCCCUGAUCCUUGUCCUCUGUCUUUGUGUUCUCGGCUGCGGUAACCCUGUUUCAAACACAACCUCAGAAUGUGUCUUUUAGAAAAUAAAUUAAUACAAUAUCACAGUGUCACAGAUUCACUCAAAUAAAUGAUCACGUUGGAAGACAAAAAGCCUAAGGAAACAGAAUGGCUCUCUUAUAUGUCUGACUGUUGUGACGAUGCAAAACGAUGUGGAUGAACGUCCAUUAUCAGGUAUUUGAGUAGAGAGUUGGUAUUUACUUUGAAUGAUGUUUCAGGUUUUACUGCCAUUUUGGUUUCAAGCACACCAGGUUCAGCUUCCUCCAAAACAAAGGUUUGGUAUUUUUAAUUGUUUAAAAAACCAUCAAACACUCUGUCGUCAUCAUUGCGUUAUGCCUGAGUGGACAUAAACAACAUUUCCCGGAGUAGAGCAGCCAAUAGCAUCACACUGGUUUUCUUUAUUAUAAGAGAUAUAAAUGUUAGCAAACCUCACGCUUGCAUUAUUUAUCCCAGGCUGUGCCACUCUUUAAUGGUGACAACUGCAGUGAACCUGGUGUGUUGGAGCCUUUACCACUGGUUGAUCUGAAAUGGCAAGUGUGUGCAGAGUGUGGAUCCGCCCCAGGUCUUGUGCUGUGCGUCUGUGGUGUGUAUGUGUGUGUGUGUGUGUGUGUGUGUGUGUGUGUGGUGGAAGACAGUGUGCUGUAGCAGUCUGCCUAAGGCUGUGUCCAUCUCAGAGAGGAGUUGGGGGUGAGACAGAAACAUAAGAAUAAUCUAUAAGGAAAAAUGUAGAAACACAUUUGAAAGCAAUGAAACCAACACCAAUAAAACAUCUAGAACAUUUAAUACAA